GGAGGGGGGAGAGAGCAGAACAUAAAUGGCGAUGGCGAUGGCGAUGGCGAUGGCGAUGGCGAAGAUCGAAGGCGAGGCAGAUCGCGAGAGCAGAUCGAAGGUCCAGGCGAUGUCGAAGGUCGACAUCGAUGUUGAAGGAGAAGCGACAGCGAGUUCAGUUUCUGAGAUUUCUGCUAGGCGUGAAGACAGUACAAUUUUUAUUGGGUUUACUAGCUUCCUUACCCCAGGUGUUAUAUACCAGUGCAAAUUGGACACUGGUGUUCCAAAUAUGAAGAUAUUCCGAGAAAUUGUUGUUCCUGGAUUUGAUCGUACAGCAUUCGAUGUUAAUCAGGUCAGCACUUUAGUUGUAGGAGAACAUUUGGUUAUCUUUUAAUAAAUUUUCUUUUGUUUUAGUUUGGAAUUUUAGUCUCAUUUUGGGUGAUAGGAACAUAUGUGGGCAUUAAUUUUCAGUCAUGGUGGUCAUGCUACUAUUCUAGAUGUUUCCUUUUGCUCCAGUUUUAAUUAACUCAGGCCUUAUCACCAUUUUGCCUUGCUGCACAGCAUGCCUCCCCCUCAAUGUGUGUUGAAAAAAAGAAGAAAAAGAUGCCUAUCUUGACUCGGUAUGGUUCUACAUCAAUAUCCUCAUUAAGAUGUCUUAAACUAUGCCUAAGAAUGCCUAGGA